AUGGGGCGUCGCAGCUUUAAGUCUCUUGCGGCGACCUCGACAGCCGCGCUGCUGGUACUGGUGCUGAUGCUUAGCUCUAGUGUGAAUGGUUUUGUGUUUCAACUUGAGUCUGGAAAAUCACGCUGCUUCUCACAGGAGGUGGCGAGCGGCACCGACUUGCGAAUUGUGUACAAGGCGGAUGACACCUAUGGUGAUUUUCUCGACGUUGUGCUCGCCAGCGCAAACGGCAAUACGCUCUUCAAGGAGUUGGGCAAGAGUAGCGGCGCUUUCCUGGAGCGCAUCACCAACGGUGGUGAGUGCUCGCUGUGCUUUACCUCACGUCAAGGAGUGCAGAGCGCGAAAAUGACGCGAAGCGUGUUGCUGGUGAUGCAGCUGGGGGCGGAUGCGAAGGACUACGACACCAUGGCGACGAAGGAGAAGAUGCGGCCGAUGGAGGUGCAGAUGCGCAUGAUGGAGGAUACAGUUCAGGAGGUUCACAACGAGUUCAUCUACUUCCGCGCCCGCGAGGCGGAGAUGCGUAACACGAAUGAGCACAUGACGGCCAAGGUGAUGUGGAUGUCGGUUGGCCUCAUCAUCCUCUUUGGCAUCUUUUGGUAUCUGCAGAUGCGUCACCUGAAGCGCUACUUCAAGAAGAAGCGCAUGAUCGAUUAG